AAUUAGUUCAUUCGUUUUUUAAACAAGGAAGUAUUGUGUUUUAUUUGCCUCCCAUGCAAAAGAAAACUCACUUAUUUUCUCAAAAAAAUAUUUUAAUGAAUCACAUCACUAGGAAAAAAGAAUUAAAGUUUUGCUUAAUAGCAGCAGGUCAAGUUUGCCGACUACCCGAAGGUAAUCACAGAGAGCAAGAUAAAGGCGAAUUAGAAUGAAGUUUCGGCUUCUCCAUUUGUCAUUUCUGUGAACUUUGUUCGCAUUCAGUAGCAGCUUGCUCAUACUGUUUCAGAAAGCAUAGAUGAAUUUGUCCGGCUCAAAUUUUCCAUUUCUAAAAUGGAUAGUAAUUUUGAAUUUUGCUUUAAUUUGUGUUGCUGAUCCUCGAAUUUCAGAAGCUGGACUAGUAUGCGAUACGAACAGGACAUCACCUACAAUCUUCGUUCCCCAAUUUGUAACAUUCAUGGAAUUUUUGUCACAACGCGUGACGGAUCACGGUUGGGGAAAUAUUGGUAUAAAUCUACAAAAUAUUACGAUUUAUACACUAGCAAAUUGUUAUCAGGAUCUUCCACAUCAGGAUUGUCUGUUAUGUUACGCUGCUGGUCGAACUCGACUUCCUCGUUGUUUUCCUGGUGAAUCAGGUCGAAUAUAUCUCGAUGGAUGUUUUCUCCGCUACGAUGUCUACGAUUUCUUCAAUGAAACUACUGAUUCAGCGAAAGAUAAAGUGAACUGUAGCAGCUCAAUUGGAGUUGCUACUGGACAGGAAUUGGCCACGUUAAACGCAUCAGCUGGAAAUUUGAUUGAACAAUUGACGGGGACAGCGGUGGCGAACGGCGGUUAUGCAGCGAUGCAUUUGAACGGAGCUUAUGGAUUGGCGCAGUGUUGGAAAACUCUGAGUGAAGAAGGUUGUAGAGAAUGUUUGUACAAAGCAAGCAGAGAUAUCAAAGGGUGUUUUCCGAGCAGAGAUGCCAGAGCUUUAAUUGCGGGAUGUUAUUUGAGAUAUUCGACACAGAAUUUUGUUAAUGAUCUAUCUGCGGAUAGCAGGAAGAAUUUGUCGUUACCAUCGAAUGUCAUUGCUGUGAUCGUUGCUGGUGUGAUUGGAAUUUUUGCUGCUUUCUCAAUUCUGGGUUUCUUAAUUUAUCGGAGAUGGAAAGGGGGGAAAGUUUCGGGUACAGGUGUUCCCAAGUCAUCACUACCAUCCGAUCCGUGCAGACACUUUACACUGAAAGAGAUAAAAACAGCAACGUGCAAUUUUGAUGAAAAUUGUGUGAUUGGCUAUGGAGGUUUUGGUAAUGUGUACAAAGGUUACCUCGACAAUGGUACAACAGCAGUCGCAGUAAAGAGAUCGAAUCCUUCAUCAAAACAAGGGGUUCGCGAGUUCCAAACAGAGAUUGAGAUGUUAUCGUCAAAACUAAGGCAUGUACAUCUGGUGUCCUUAAUUGGUUAUUGUGAUGAUAACAAUGAGAUGAUCUUGGUUUACGAUUACAUGGCUAAUGGAACACUCCGUGACCACUUGUACAAAGCUGAUAAUGCUCCUCUUCCAUGGAAGAAGCGCCUAGACAUUUGCAUUGGUGCAGCUAAAGGAUUAUAUUAUCUCCAUUCAGGUACCAAACACAUGAUCAUUCACCGAGAUGUCAAGUCAACUAACAUCCUAUUGGACGACAAAUGGGUCGCCAAGGUAUCAGAUUUUGGAUUGUCCAAAGUAGGUUCACUUGGUAAGUUAGAUGCUACUCAUAUUAGCACUGCAGUGAAAGGAAGUUUUGGGUAUAUCGAUCCUGAAUACUAUAAGCGUCAACAAUUGACGGAAAAAUCAGAUGUUUAUUCAUUCGGGGUGGUUCUGUUUGAAGUGUUGUGUGCUAGGCCAGCAAUAAAUCCUAACUUGCCAAGUGAGCAAGUGAAUUUGGCUGAAUGGGCUUGUAGGAGUUAUAGAAGAAAAAAUCUUGAACAAAUCAUUGACCCUAAAUUGGAAGGACAGAUUGCCCCAGAAUGUCUAAGCAAGUUUGCAGAAUUGGCAUAUCAUUGUUUGAGGAAUCAAGGGGUCCAAAGACCAUCAAUGGGUGAUGUUGUAAGAAGUUUAGAAUUUGCAUUACAGCUUCAAGAAGGUGCAGAUAAUAGAUCAGGCCAUGAGGUUGAAGGGUACAUACACCCGCCGACGCGUAACCUUUCUUUUCCCUUGAUUAUUAAUGGUCAUGCUAAUAUAGCUACCAGUGAAAAUGACAUUGUCUCAGGUUCAAGUGAAGUUGAAAGAAAGUUGACAAGCAAUGGUAUAUCCAUGUCAAUAAGUCAGAGUGCCAAAUUGAAAAAUGUCACUAUUUUCUCUGAGAUCAUGAACCCAUUGGGACGAUGAAAUAGUUAUGAUCAGUACAUAAAGUAAUUAACAUUAUCACACAAAAUGUAUAUCUCAGUGUUAUACACAUAAUUUGAUUUUCCUUCUUUGUAUAUCUCUGUGUAUAAUACAUUUGUGGAUAUACAAAUAUAUUUGCUAGAGUUACAUUGA